CUUCAGCAUCCUCGCAAUCUCUUUCAACAAAUACACUAUGAAGACGCCGAUGAUCCUCCGCAAUGGCCCCCUCGGCACCCCGAUCCUCAGGGGCGAGCAACGCAGAUACGAACUGUCACACGGUCCGAAUCUUCCUUCCCUCAGUCGCCAAGGCGUAUCCACAUGAACGGUGGACCUGAUUGGUCAGAUAAAUCUGCCCUAGAUAUUAGCUGUGGGCUACCGCUACCCGCACAGCCCGUAGUCAGAGUACGCACGGACGAAAAAGAUCCACUGCCCGUCCGUCAACCUGAACCCUAUUCUUUGAUCAGUCACGUUCGGUUUCACUUGCAGUCACGGCCGCCGGGAGCACUGGGGAGAGAAUACAAUGCACCGUACACGUAUAUUCGCUCAGACGACGAUCAGCCUGUAGUAGGCAUGACGAGUCUGGCGGACAUCGCGCGCUGGCGACGGCGAUUCCCUCGAUUGGAGAUGCUCAUUGAGUCUCUGAAUGGGCCUUGUCGGUACGAGAUACUUCACUUCCAUGCCGUCCUUCAGAUUCCAACAGAAGACGUGCCCCAAGGAUCUAAUAUGGAAACUCUCUUUGAGCUACGCCGGCGAAUGAAGAGCAUCCGCGAAUUCAAUGCGGACCAAUGGGUGUGUCACAACUUCGUCUAUCGAGAUGGGAUUCUGAUCAAAAAAAAUAUUUCAACGUGUUCUCCUGAUCCAGUCUUCUCUGUGGUGGCAAUUCCUUUUGACACGAGCUGGUUAGGGGGUGAGGUAUUGUUUUCUCACCCGGAUCCCGAGACGGAAGAACUCACUCGAAAGAUCACGAUGGUCCAAGAGAUUUGCAUUGCCCGCGAUCACAAGAAGCCCCCCGGGACAGCCAAUCAGCAAUUAAACUCGGAUAGUGGGGAGAGACCAGUUGUGAUUGCUCUUUGGAGCUUUGAGCAAGCCUCCCCAGGCUGUCCUGGGUCGUUACAUGGGAAUCAUGUUAAUGUUCCGGACUACUUGUUGACAUCUGCAUUCUCGAGGCCUGAGACCGCAGUAAAACAACCCCAGAUGGCGCGACUGCGACGACUGACAAAUGUAAAGAUUCUGCCGUGCUAUCGCAGGAGAGGAUCAAAGGAGCACAAGCCACUGGGCUGGAAUCUUGCACAGGUCACACAGUCUCCGAUCAUGACCUCAUUCUACAUCAAAGGCAUGAAGUAGAAGUGGCAGUAUCCACACGGAAUAAUAUAGCUUGGGAUAAGACCGAGUCACUGGAGGGCGGUAAUACCAGUGACGAAAGCGACAAGGAAAGCAUCCACUCCAAGUGCUCUAGCGACGGUGAUGAGAUGCACGCAUUUAUGCAUGGGCUAGCUAGCGACCUCUCCAAGGUUGUGGAUAUAUACGACCUGAAUUACGAAGUCAUUCAGGAUAUCGUCGAAGCGCUCCCUGAGCUGCUGAGGGCUUUUGCGCUGAGUCUAGGCCAAGCGUCCACCAAUCAAAGCCAGCGUGAUAUCAUGGUUUUGAUUCACCAACAUCGACG